UCGUGCGCUGACAGUUGAAGAACAAGAAGAACACCAAGACCAUCAAUAACUUCGAUUUUCGUCUGACGUGGUCCGUGUACAUCAUCGCACUAUCGGUGAAUUCACUAUAUUUUCCCGUCGGCUGCCUAUCUCUGUCCGCUCAAUCGUUCUGUUGCAGCUCCCACGUCGUCACACCGAGCACCCGGCUGCAGCAUGAAUCCUUUGGGAUUUUUAACUCUGGCCGCCCUGGUGUUUGCCGCAUUGGCCGCUACACCCGCCACACAGCGUACCGUGUCGAGCCACCUCACAGCACAGGACCAGGAGCGCUUUGCGAAGGUGUUCAGCGAGGGACUGAAGUCGAACGAUCUGCAAUCACUGUACUAUGCGUCCGCGAAUGUGGCACUUCCGGCCGGUGAUGUUACCAGCACCUGCAAGCGAUUGUUUACGCUGCACGGUGAAUCGAAAUUAAACGAUUUCGAGAAAAACUUCUACCUGAUCGGCGCACGGAAGAACUUCGGCUGCAAGGAAGCACUGCCGGCAAAGGUCGAAACGGCAGUGAAGGCAGCACUGGCCAAGGACGCUACCACGGCGCAGGAAAUCUAUUACAAUUUCCAUUCGGCUAAGCUGGCCGGUCUCGCCGUCGACGAGAAGGUGCGCACCACGCUGGGCAAGAACCUGCAGACCGUGCUGAAGAAGGACGAUUCGCUCAACUCGCUAGGACACGCGUUCGCCGUGGCAGCCGAGCUCGGUACGGCCGGUUCGUUCGCGUACGAUCGCAUCGAGGAAGCGUUUGUGCAGGCCGAUGAGGUCGAUGGCAAGAUGCUGCAGUUCGAAGGUGGCCUGAGCAUUACGGCCCUCAUCGUGAACGGUGGAUUCAAGCUGGCGACGAGCCUCUCGAAACCGGCCCCGAUCACGGCCGACCAGGCGGUCAAAUUCGCCACCUACUUCCUGUCGCGGGCCUCCGUCCAGACGCCGAAGGGUGUUAGCGUGCUGCUGGAAGCGCUGAAGCUGCUGGCUUCGCAGAAAACCAUCGCUCCGGUAUGCGUCCGACUGGCCGACAAUGGCCAGCUGCUGCCCGAAUCACCCGUGCUGAGUGUGCGUGUGUGUGACCUGCUCGGUAAGCCGCUUUCGCCCGCACUGGCCGCCCUCUCGACGACGGUUGUGUCCCGCACGAGCAACGAUGCGCUCGUUUCGAAGGUAAACCUGGUGCCCAGCAAGGACGACGCGACCCUGUACACGUACAAUCUGAAGUCGGCCUCACCUGCGCGCGGUCUCUACCGUGUGGACGUCGAUGCCGCACCCUCCUACCGCCAGCAGCUGCAGGUGAGCGUGCUGGGCAAGGUGCGCGUCAGCUCGCUGGAAGUCGGCGUAGGCGAUACGGACAGUGCCGCGUCGAGCGUGAAACGCCAGUCGGUGGCCCACCCGUCCAAGCUGGCCACCGUGCUGAACGCCGACUCGCAGCAGAAGGUCGUGCUGAAGACGGCGCUGGUCGAUGACGCCAGCGGCAAACCGAUCACCGUCCAUCAGUGCUUCGUGCUGCUGCGCCAUCAGGAAACGCGACAGGAGAUCAUCUUCGUUGCCGAGACCGACUCGAGCAAGGCGUACAAGUUCGAGAUGGAUGUGGGUGCGCGUGCCGCCGACUUUGGCCACAAGAGCGGACUGUACGAGGUGCGCCUGAUCGUGGGCGAUGCGCUGCUCUCCAACUCCUUCCAGUGGCAUCUGGCCGAUCUGGAGCUGAAGUUUGCCGCCGGCGACAGUCAGCAGCAGCAGCAGCAGUCGGUUGAUGCGGCGGCCAGCUCGCGGAAACCCCUGCCGGAAAUUGUGCACCAGUUCCGGGCGCCGGAAAAGCGUCCCCCGCGCUUCGUGUCCGACCUGUUCACCGCACUGUGCAUCGCUCCGCUCGUGAUCCUGUUCGGGCUGUGGGCCAAGCUGGGCGUGAACGUGAAGAACUUCCCGCUAUCGCUCGGUGCAAUCGGGUUCCAUCUCGGGCUCGGUGCUAUUCUGGUGCUGUUUGGCAUCUUCUGGCUGCGGUUGAACAUGUUCGACACGAUCCGCUACCUGAUCCCGCUGGCCCUGUUCACGUUCAUCUGCGGCAAUCGAAUGUUGCGCAAAAUCGCCCGCGGCGGUAGCAGCGAGAAGUAAAGCACUCUGUGAGUCUCAACAGUGUCUCUCUCCCUUUCUCUCUCUUUCGCUCUCUUCUCCCCGUUUGUUGAAACCGGAGCUAUGGAAAGGGUGGGGAACGAAAUCCUUUCCACGAACAAAGGUUUUAGCAGUAAGCAACGCCUGCUAGAGCAUGACGGCAAAAACGUGCAACAAAACGAACCACAACAAACAGAGAAGCGGCUGAGAAGAUGGAGAGAACGCAUUUAUUAGCGCAGGAGAACCAAAAAACCAUUCCCUUUCCCUGCCGAACAUCGCAACCAUUUGCAAAAACAAAAGGGGAAGAAAUACAUGAAUUCCGUACACAUAGAGUCCCGCCAUCGAAUACCACCACACCAUCAUCGCGAUGGGUCAGACGGACGGACAGACAGACAGACAAAGAGGGAGGACGACGGUGGUGCCCUUUUCUUUAAAUUGUAAGAAGUACCGUGAAAUGACGCAAGGGAAGCGAGCAAUAUGAGGUGAAUCACAAAAGUUAGGGUUUUAAUAGCGCAGAAGGCCGCGUAUGGAACUGAACAUUGUAGGCGAUACUACUUCCCCCGUCAAGCGCGGGAGUCACCAACGCGAUCUCUGUACAGAGGUCACCUUGGUUGUCGUGUGAAAAAUAAACACUGGAAACAAAA